CCACCUAUCUUCCUACCUACCUACUCAUUCAGAAAAGCUUUUUUAUUUAUUUAUAUUCCACCUUUUAUUAUUUUUAUAAACAACUCAAGGCAGCGAAAAUAUCGAAUAGGCUUCCUAUUUUCCUCACAACAACCCUGUGAGGCAUUUGACAUGGCUUCAGAGCUGCAUAAACAAGUCCCUGUCAGAGAUGAGAUGACUCGGUGUAAAAGGAGACGUGUGGUUCUACAUAGUCCUCUGGGAAAAAUUGAGAUAUUUGGAUGUGAAACAGGAGUACAUGAGAUACGCCUUGAUGGAAAAGCUGAACCACAAAAUGGAGUGGAGGCCUCAAUAUCUUGUGAAGUAUGUGAAGUCACAGGGGAAAUGAAGGAACCACUGAAACAAUGUAUAGCUUGGCUUCAAGCUUAUUUCACUGAGCCCCAGUUAAUGCUGAAACUUCCAAUGCCUCCUUUUCACCAUCAUCUCCUAGAACAAGCUUCAUUCACCAGAGACGUGUUGUGGACUCUGCUGAGAGAUGUGAAAUUUGGAGAGGCAGUUUCUUACAAGCAAUUAGCGACCCUGGCAGGCCACAGCAAAGCAGCCAGAGCGGUGGGUGGAGCGAUGAGAAGAAAUCCUGUCCCUAUUAUGAUACCAUGCCACCGAGUGAUUUGCAGCAGUGGACAGCCUGGCAACUACACGGGAGGAAGUCAUCUGAAAGAGUGGCUUUUGUCACAUGAGAAGCUUCAGAAGGAAAAGUUAACAUAUUGAUGCAGUUCAGGUACAGCUGUUACAGAGUGAAACCAGCACAUCACCAAAGAUACUUCGCUUAUAACAAGCUUUCCAAACACACAGUAGAAUUCAGGGAAACGGUAAAUAUUUGAGUGACAUAUAAAUAUAAUACAACAUCCGAAGCGAAAUGUGUGGUGGCACUACUAUAUUAAAAAAGCUGAAUGUGUCCUAGGGGAUACAGCUUGUAUGCCCUUUCUUGUUUUUACAUUUUGCAGCAGAAUGAGUACAGCGGACUGAGCCUGUUGUGCAUGUAUUUUGUUCCCAUCUCUGGUGCUGUUUUGUUCUAUUUUUAAUGUCCAUUAAAGCAAGGAUAAGGGAGAGGGAGGGACAUGGCAAAUGUUCGAUGGAACUGCCCCUCUAAGGAAGCAUCUGGCUUGCAGAGGGGACAACCGGGAAUCUACUGCCUUUGCGUGCAUUCGGAGAACAAAAUUAAAGGCAGGAGCUUACACACAAACACACGCAAAGGCACACACAGACACCUCCCUCUCCCACUGUUCCUGCCUGGAUUUGUAUUUGUCCAGAUUGAAAAGCUUGUACCUCUGCCAGGCACGCUGCCCAAGAUUCCCCUGUUUUCUUUGAUGUUUGAACUGUUGAAAUGAUGUUUUACGUAAACAGUUAUUAAUGAAACACACCCGAAGAGCCAUUCAAAAGGAAACGGCUAUUGAAUUGCCUAUUCACAGGAGGUUUUUUUUUUCUUUUUAGAUGCUUUAGGAGAUGCGAAUAAAAAUACUUAGUCUUCCUUAGCAAGGUUUGAUGUAGGCAGAAAAAUAAAUUUUGAUGAGAAGUUUAACUGCAUGGUUUUAAUACAAUUAUGCAACCUAGUUAAAGAUAACAGAUACCUUUGGCUGCCAUUUAGAAGUAUAUUUCUGUCUCAUUGUAGUCCUUAUAUCUUUUGCUUAGCAUUUGCUUGAUUCCCUUUCCUAUGUGGAAAUGUGUCAUACAAUAUGAGAAGAAUCAAAAGCUACACAUUACAGUAAACAUAUAAAGCUAACCAGAAAAAAAAUACAUUCAGCCAAAGGAUAUUGAAGCUAAAAUUUCUAGUUAUUUAAAAAGAACUCUGUGAGAGUAAAAUAUUACAAACCACAAGAAACUGAAAUUUUCACUACUGUAUGGGAUUCAUAAAUCAUAAUAUGAAAAUACCAAUUUUUAUGUUUUUAUUACAUUCUUGAGGGAAAGCGUGCUGCUAACAAAAAUUAUUGUGUGGUGUUAUUACAUUAAUGUAGUGUUAUUCAGAUGUUAGAAUUAUUUUACUAAAACCCAUUAUGCAUGUACACAUUGUCUGUAUGUAUAAAUAAAAUACUGUAUAUAAUAUCCUGAGAAAAUAAACUAUACCCUAUUGUACAAUAUAAGGCUGUAUUUUAUCAAGAGUUUCUGGUGGCAAUAUAAACCAUGAAAGCAAGACUCAAGUGGUUUGUGUGUGUAUCACCAAAAGCCCAAGAUAAAAAUAUAACCUUAUAAUAUGUACAUAGAGAGUGUAUUCUUUCUUGGGGGUGGAGUGGGAGAGUCAUAAUGUGUGAAUAUGUGCCAAAGAGAAUCACAGAUGCCGACUUCUAUAAGCUUUCUUUUUUCUUUUUUAAGGGCAGUGAUGUGGAGGAGCAAAUUUUUCAAUUGCAAUAUUUCUUUCCUCUUCUCAAAAAUGAGUAGGUCGUGCUUCUUUUAAAAGGGUUGUGGUUUUGUUUUGUUUUUUGCUCCUAUGUAUCCUGUGUUUUCCUUAAACAGUAUGGUAAGAAACCAGAAAAUAUAAAUAUUGCUGUUUGGGGAAGAACAAACCCAAACUGCAGAUGAUUUGAAACCAGGUUUAUCAGCCAUGUUACAGUCCAGACCCUUGUUUUAUCUGUCAGGCAAAAAACCUUGCCCUGAAUUUCUCUGUGGUUUGCCUUGUCUUUGAGGUAUCUCAAGAGAGUUCUAUAAAUGGGAAUCCUGUGGAAUAUUUAGAACCUCUCUUGGUUGAAAUGCCUUCUGUGUCAGGAUUUGAAGAACUCAAUCUAAUGUGACCUCUUUUUCCUUCUUCUGAUACUAAAAGACCUAGCCAAGUUCAUUCCUUUCCACUGAAUUCAUUUGGACAUAAUCAGUACCUCAUCCAGUUACAAAAAUUUGAGUGCAUCAUCUUGGCUCUGUGUCUUGUACACAUUGCCCUAUUUAUAGAAUGAGUCGUUCUGUGAAAAAAUGCCCGGUAGAAGAAAAACAAUCAGAAAAACUUAAAAGAAAUAACUCAGAAAACUCACAUUUAGUUAAGCGAUCACUAAAAAGUAUUAGUGAGGGUUAGAGGUGAAGCAUUUAAAAAAAUGAUAAAAAUUCAUUUGCAUGAAGAUAAAGAUUUUGUUGGCUGACUAACAUAUUUUCACGAGCUGGUAUCUCAAUAUUUGUUUUGCUAUUGUAGGCCAAGCCGUUUAUCCUUUUGUCAGCAUGUGUUCCAACAGAGGGCACUGUAGCACACAAGAAUUUAGAUUCAUGUCUUCUACAAUGUGUUUAGGAGAAACUCAUUCACUACUUUUUUUCCCUGCUGUUUAAGAAUGAAUUUGAAAAUGAACAGCCAAGUUGAAAUCUCCUAGCUGCCUUAUUUGCAGUGCUUCAGACCGUCUGCCUCAGGAAUUAGCUGUCUGGUAGUAUUACAAGCCUACUAUCUUCAUCUCACAUAUGUACUGUGAAAAAGACUACCGUUCCUGAGUAAGAUGAAGAGGAGCUUUUCUUUGCUGUGAUUUCAGAGAUUGCUAAUGAUGGCCAGGCUAUAACUUGGCAUGGCCACUAAUGAAGGGGGUAGUGAGAGCAGAACCUCUAGGGAUUUUUCAUAGAAAGGGAAAAAUCCACUUGCUGUUCAUGUGUGCUUUUAGCAUUCUUUCCAUGUGCUGGAAGUGCUUGUGCCUCUCUAUGAUGUCUUAAUAAGUGUGCAAUAUCUUUAAUCUGGCAUGACUUAGCGCUCGCCGUACUGAAACACUUAGCCCAACAUAAUUGAGGAGCAGCUUGCAAAAAAAAAAAAAAGUAUUUUAGACACUUUCGUAAUCUUUAGAAUGAGCUAAAUGCAUACACAAUUGUAUUGUGGUAUAUCAUACUAGACUAUAUAUUAGGUUACAUCAUAUUAAUAGUCUGCAUUAUAUUGUAUUAUUAUUAUAUUAUAUUAUAUUAUUUAUAUUAUAUUAUAUUAAUUCAGAAGUGGAAUAGACAACAUGCAAAGCUAUUAUUUGACCCAGUCGUGCCUCUCUGCUUUGCAGGUUUAAAAGCCAUUUUCUGUCCUCUACCUCUGAGGGUUUCUCUGUCCUGUCGUAAGUCUUGAUAUGUAUUCUGAGGUUUCCACCAUAGAAAACAGCAACAGCAGCUUGGUUCAAAUAGGCAUUGUGUGUGAUGUGACUCCAACCACAAAAUCCAAGAAAGAAACAAGCAAAACAGGAAAAUGCAAUUUGCUUACAAAUCACCUUCAGCCCAAUCAACUUAGAAGGCCAGCAUUGCAACAUUUGUGAAAACACAAUUCAAAGUUUCUUUUUUUUAAAAAAAAAAAAGGUCCAAAACAUUAAAAAGAGAAAAAAAACACCUCUGGGAAUGAGAAAGAAAGCUAUGGUUUUCCCUCCCUCUCCCUGGAAAAGGGUUCCCCUGCCCUAUCAAGUUUCCUCCCAUUCAGUCAAGCUUUGAACUGCUGACACUGAGACAGUGCAGCCAGGCACGACAGCUGGCUCGGCAGCAUCUAAUACCAACACAUGCUGGUUUAGUCCAUUUCCAGAGACUAAGAUAAUGAAAGAUUCAGAAAUAAUAUUUGUUUUGGUAGAACUACAUUUAUAAUGAAAUAGAUGCCCUUGACCAUGGAACAAACUGAAUUUUGCAAUGGGUCAUUUCCUCCCUCCCACUAUUCAGCUUGUAUAUAAUGUGGAUAAAAUCCAAUGCAAGGAAAAAAACAUAUAUAUUUUUGUAGAAUCCAGUCUAUCUCUGUCAAAUUUGCAACAUGUUGUAAAGGCACAAGUUUUACAAAAUGAUCCACUGGUAAGGCUUUUUUUAUAUCUACCCUACCAUACAAGGUUAUGUGUUUGGGGGGAGGGAGUUGAUAAUAGCAGUAAUUUACAGUAGCAACCUAAAAUAAAUUGGCAGUUCAGAGUUCGCAAAAUCCUCAAAAAUAGCAAUGAUU